AUGCUAGGCAAGAUAUUUAGCAUCUUUCAUGUGUUUUGUCUCCCAGUCUUCAUAAUAAACUUCAGAGAUAAAGAUGAAUGCCGUAUCUCAGCCAGCACUGAAAACGUGAAGUUUAGAAGACGUUUGCUAAGUCGAGUCAACUCACGUACGUCGGUUGCAGCGGAGAGUCCUGGCAGCAUCCCAAGGACCUCCUUUCACUCACCAGAAAAGAUGAUUUGUUUCUGCACCAUAUCAAACAGGACAGCUGUUAUUGAAGUCAACGACAUCAUAAUGCAGAGUUCAUUUUCAGUACCACUGAAAGAUCAAGGAGAUGUCUCCCUGCUCCCCAGUCCUGUGGAGAAACUGCUGACUCAGAAGAUGUUGGAAUCUCCUGGAAAGACAACCUGUACAGGCGAACCAAAUAUCCCUCCUGGGUCGAUUCACGGUGGGAAAGGCCUGCAGAAUAAGAGUCAGUUUAGAACCAUCGCUCCAAAGAUUGCGCCCCAAGUCUUGGCACCCAGAGUGCUGCCGGGCCCGGCGCCCUCACUCUCUGAUCAGGCGAAUCCAGGCCCUUCCCUCGGCUCCACGCCCCUGGGGAUGCCCCCGCAGAAUUAUGCGCUGAUGCAGGUGGCCGGCCAGGAAGGGACCUUCUCGCUGGUCGCUCUGCCGCACGUGGCCUCAGCUCAGCCGAUCCAGAAACCCCGGCUGCCUCUGCCGGAGAACCUAAAGCUGCCCAUCCCCCGGUACCAACCCCCGAGACCCGGCAAAGGAGUCAGAAAGAAGCCGGGGCUCGGUUCCUCCUCCGAGAGGGGUUGCAGCAAACCUGCCCAAACCCAAGCAGCCCCUUCCCCACCUGAGCAUCCUGAGCCCCCGCACAAGCCCAGCCUACCCAAGCCGGCACCAGACCAAGCCCCAGCUGCGCUGACCAACAGGAGUGGCCACCGAGACCCCGGGCCUCCAGGGUCCAGCAACCACGGAGAUCGGACUCCUCCUGCCACCCCAGCACUGGCCACACCAGAGGAGUCCUCUGCCAAGCAGGGCCUCCCGAAGAGUUCAGGAAGAGCGAAAGUUCCAGGCAAGAAAACCCCCAGGAAACCUUCUGCUGUCGCCAGUGAAAAACCUCAAGAACCGGUCGAUCCCACCAAAGCCAUUUUGUCACCAGGCGUCAUUGGAAACACGGUCCAGGUGCCCUCUUCCAUCCCCAGAGGUAAACUGCCCAUCCUGCCCUACUCGAGAGUGAAGACGGCGCAGGUUUACAGGAGCGGAGCUGCUGUGAACACUGCGCACAUCCCCUUCCCUGGGCUCAGGACUGCAGGGGACCAGACCCCCUCCACCCCGGAAGGCUUCCGUGCAGCCCCCCAGCUUGGGGACAGGGGACCUGCCCCACCAGCUCCCGGGCAGAUUCCCGGUGACACUGCCUUCUGCCCAGCCAGCAAGCCUGACCUCAACCACAGAACAAAACUGAACGGUGGAACAGCGAAGAGAAGAGGAAGAAAACGCAAGGGCCCUGACGAUCUUCUGACAUUUCAGGGGAAAAGGUGGAAAUGUGUCCUUAGUUGUAAGGACAGCAAAGAAAGAGUCAAAAGUGAUCCCCAAGAAGCCAGGAACCAAAAACCAGGGGCCGUGAAAAAAUACCGGAGCAUCAUGCCCAAACCUGUCCCGGUCCUGCCAGCCCUGGCCUCGCCUCCAGCCGCCCUCCAGCCCCCGCCACCCGGGAGCCUGGUGUCUUUCGAUCACUCCCUAGCCCCCAAGCAUCUGGACUGGAAGGAGGAUGGCCAGCCCCCAAAGCCCGACUCUGCCUUCAGAAACGGGUUCUCCGGCCUCAGGAAGACUUGGCACCGGUGCCACGCGUGUGACCACCCCUUCCCGUCUAAGCAGCACCUCCGCGAGCACACGAGCCCCCCGGACAGCCGGCCCUACAGCUGCCGGCUCUGCCGAAAGGUGUACAAGCGGCGGGGCAGCCUGAGCGCGCAUGUGCGGCUGCACCACGGUGACUCCCGGCCCAGGAAGCUUGUGUGCUGCGAGUUCUGCGCCAAGGUGUUCGGCCACAUCAGGGUCUACUUCGGCCACCUGAAAGAGGUGCAUGGUGUGGCCAUCAGUACCGAGCCCUGCCCCUGCGAGCCACAGCCGGGGGACCUGCCGAGGACCAGAGAACAGACCCCUUGUGAGGUGGAGGGACUGGUGGACAGGGAGACCAAGUCCAACCUGGAAGAAGACCUCCUCAUGAACCAGAAUGAUGAGGCCAGGUUCCAGAUCAGAUGUGGUCGCUGUCAGAUCACUGCCCAGUCUCUGGCUGAAAUCAAGUUCCACCUGCUUUCCAUUCAUGGCGAGGAAAUCCAGGGCCAAUUGCCAGAGGAGAGCUCACCCUCCCUGGGAAGCAGAGCAGCUCAGGGAGAACUGACUAAACAGGCUGCUCCUUUCUGGAAACGUCCUGAGAGAAGGAAGCUGCUAAGGCAUCAUCCCUCAGCCGGGGAGCUCUGUGCAGUCCCCAGACUGAAAAGACAACUCUACCUCCAUCAUCAGAACGAUGUGGAAGCCCUCACGAAACAGGAACGAGCCCAGCCAGGACCCAGUGAGCCCAGGGGAGACCCCCAGGGCCCCAAGGGUCCUGGCCCCCAGGCUGCCCUGCCUCUGCCCCAGCCUGGCUUUAACUGUGUCCUUUGUGCGCAGAUACUAGGAAGCAAAGAAGAGCUACUUCUACACUGGGAGUGGCAGCACAAGUGUGAGGACCCCCCCAAACUGUGGACAAUUUUCAGCACGCUCUCCAGCCAGGGAGUUGUCCAACUUUCCAGCGAAACCGGAAAAUGA